CGCCAGCAAAUCAUUAGUAGUUUUUCCCUUGUGCCAUCGGCGUGUCGGCGGCUAAAGAACAAACAAACGUCAUCGCAACAAUGUCUCGUCACAGUGGUAACGUGGCGGCUCUCGUUGGUUCGUGCCUGUGGUUGGCGCUCACCGGAAGCGUUUGCGACGACGUGCCGGGUACCGCGAAUGGCGGCAACGUUGCGACCGGAAGUGACGACGGUCUCAGGAGCAAACGGUUCGUUGUGAUCAGCGGUGACGGGGUGCCCGACUACGGUGACAUUGGCAACGACUACGACGACUGGUACGACGACGAGGUCUACGAACACGACUCCGGUCACGGUGACGGCGGCGGUGGCGACCACGGUCACGACCACGGCGGCGGUGGCGACCACGGUCACGACCACGGCGGCGGUGGCGACCACGGUCACGACCACGGCGGAGACGACGACGACGACGACGACGACGGCGACUAUUUCUACUACCACGGCGACGGUCCCGGUUACCAUCAUCACUGGUGGUGGCAUCACUUUUACCACCACGGUGAGCCGCACCUGCCGUUCCCGUUGUUCCCGCCGAUAUUCGUUCACCGGCGACCGGUGCACCGCGGCUGCAGCGACUGGCCUUUCGUGUGCCGGAGCACGUACGAGGUUAUCCGGUGGCUUCAGUGUUACCACGAGUUCGUGCACGACCAUCACGAUCUGCCACCGGUGCACGUGAGCCCGUGGCGGAAAUGACCGCAGGAAGGGUUUAGAACGACCGCACCGUGUACAUAUAUAGCAGGGAUGGGCAACUCAAAGUUUCUAGAGGGCCGAUUCUCGGAAAAUAAAAAUCUAGCGGGUCAGCGCAUACAGGACGAACAAAAAAAGGUCGUUCGAAAUAUUAAUUUUAAAUAAAAUUUUGUCUACACGGAACUAAUGGAUUCAACACACGCGACAGCACGACGCGAACGGUACGAAGAAACUGUUUAAUACCAGAUAAAAAUUAUUAUAACGAUGAGAUAGAGUAUAAACGAAAAAAUUAAAAAUAUUAUGAUGCGAUUUGAAAACAUAGAACGGGCCAGAUAAAAAAAUACUCGCGAACCGGAUCCGGUCUGCGGGCCGCCAGUCGCUCACAUUUGAUAUAGUAUUCUUUAACGACUUUCGGGAUCGUCAUAUUUCGGUAAUCAACAAACAACAUCGGCCUUUUCGACACGAGCAACGAAAACGCGCGUCGAACCGUCUAGGUCCGUACGUUCCAAACCGUUAUGCCGUCGCGAUCUCGAAUAAGGCCGCCCCCGAGGGUCGAAUCAUCCUUCUGCUGCACUCCCAUGCGCAACGCGUCCAUCAGACUUCUCGGGGAGUUCCUCGUCACGAGCCCUGAACGCGUGUGCACCCGUCCCACGUCGACCGUCCCGUUUAUUUAUUAUUAUUAUUUCAAACACAAAACAAGCUCUGUCGCCAGUGCGCGCGUACGGUCCCGGCCGAUUUCGAUCGCAACGAGUUCACAACAUUCAAACGCGAAUUUUGUGCGAGUGUCGAAAGGUGUUCGGUUCAUGAAAUCCUGCAUUUGGUUCACUUCGUUUAAAACUCACGCCAUUAGUUUUAUAAUUAUUAUUGUUCGGCUCGUGGACAUCCGCAGACGAACCUAGUGCUUUUUGAUUUAGCUUCCGAGACUGCUUAGUUGCUCUGAUUUACCCUCGGACUACCGUGACCCCGAAUACUCUUCCACAAAUACAGAGAAAUGUAAUCAAUCUAU